AUGGGGUCUUUCAACCAAGCGGAGGAAUACGCACAGAUAGGAAGCAAUGACUCGCACCAUCGCAGAAGAAGCUGGCGCGGUAGACUACGUCAAAUCGCGCUCCCAAGCUUCCUCAUCUUGUUCCUCCUUUUCAUCACUGGCCAUGAUCACAUAUUCCGCACACUCACGAUCUGGCCUUCAUCAGCUUGUAAGAAACCAAUAAAACUUCAAUUCUCACCAUCAUCCAGUACGUUGAAGAUUUCCAUCUUCGAAGACCUACACUUCGGGGAGGCAGAGUCCACAUGGUGGGGUCCAGAGCAAGACAUCCGAACACUGCAGGUGAUGUCGUCGAUCCUCGACAUGGAGUCUCCAGACCUCGUGGUACUCAAUGGUGACCUCAUCACAGGCGACGACACACAGCUAGACAACGCCACGGAAUAUUUCGACCGACUGGUCAGCCCGAUGGUCAAGCGCAACAUCCCCUGGGCCUCGACGUACGGCAACCACGACAACAAUUUCAACAUCAGCACGGAGGCCGUCCUUGAGAAGGAGAGGGGAUACUACAGUCUCAGCAUGACGGAGAAGAUGGUCACGGGUAAAGCGGAAGACGUUGGCGUGAGUAAUUACUUCCUCUCGCUCUAUCAGAUCGGUCACGAGGGCCCCGUUGCGAUCCUGUGGUUCUUCGACAGCCGUGGUGGGCUGGCGUUUCAACGAACGGAGAAGAACGGGGAAAAGAUACAACUCCCGGGAACGGUUGAUCCCGCCGUGACGGAGUGGUUCGUGCGGACCUCAAGGAACCUGAAGCGGCAGCAUCGACGGGAAUCUAUCCCCAGCCUUGCGUUCGUGCAUAUCCCCGUCAGCGCCAUGCUUACGUUCCAGGAAGCGGGCGUCGACAAGCAUCGGCAGCCGGGGAUCAAUGACGACGUGCCGCUCUCGAGUCAAGUCGGUGACGAGGAAUUUCUGGCCGCUCUUUCCGAGGCAGGAGUUCAGGCGGUGUUCAGUGGCCAUGACCAUGGGAAUGAUUGGUGCAUGCCAGUGGAGAAAAAGGGGGGAAUGGAAGGGGGGAAAACCAUGUUCGCAUGUUUUGGGCGACAUACUGGAUACGGUGGGUAUGGACACUGGAUGAGGGGGUCGCGACAGGUCGUUUUGAGUCCCAACGGCGAGAUCGAGACAUGGGUCAGGCUUGAGAAUGGAGAUGUCAGUGGCCAUGUCAUGUUGAACGAGACUUACGGCACAGAUGAGUAUCCAGCGGCGAAAAAGGCCUUUACUAGCCUUGGUGCGGGUGAGCCAAGGUAA